AUGUUUUUCAGGACUUUGAAGCAGAGCAGCUUCGUACCAAAGGCGGUCAAUGCCUUUGGAGGCACCUCCGCUCUACGAGCUCGAUCUCUGGCUACAGUGUCGAACAAUACUCCUCGACAGCAGGAACUGCCCCUCCACAAGAAGGUCAAGAGCACCCCUGUUACACACGAACGGGCCACCUUCACCAUCCGAAAUGGUCCUAUAUUCCACGGAACUUCCUUCGGUGCUCGAAGCAACGUCUCAGGAGAGGCUGUCUUCACUACCUCCCUCGUCGGCUACCCUGAGUCACUCACCGAUCCCUCAUACCGCGGCCAGAUCUUGGUUUUCACCCAGCCUCUUAUCGGCAACUACGGUGUUCCCUCUGACGUGCGAGACGAGCAUGGCCUGUUGAAAUACUUCGAGAGCCCGAACAUCCAGGCCAUAGGAGUGGUGGUAGCUGAUGUUGCAGAGAAAUACUCCCACUGGACUGCAGUGGAGAGCUUGAGCGAGUGGUGUGCAAGAGAAGGUGUCCCAGCCGUCACAGGUGUCGAUACCAGGGCGAUAGUCACCUACCUACGAGAGCAAGGCUCCAGUCUCGCUAGAAUCACCAUUGGUGAGGAGUACGAUCAAGACCAGGAUGAGGACUUUGUCGAUCCUGAGCAGAUCAAUCUGGUCCGUAAGGUCAGCACAAAGGCACCGUUCCAUGUCAGCGCUCCCUCACCGACUGCCCAUGUUGCCGUUAUCGACUGCGGCGUCAAGGAGAACAUCCUCCGUAGCCUUGUCAGCCGGGGUGCUAGUGCCACCUGCUUCCCAUUCGACUACCCUAUUCACAAGGUUGCACACCAUUUCGAUGGUGUCUUCAUUUCCAACGGCCCUGGUGAUCCGACCCACUGUCAAGAUACUGUCUACAACCUUCGAAAGCUGAUGGAGACUUCGCAGAUUCCCAUCAUGGGAAUUUGCCUCGGUCAUCAACUUCUCGCUCUUGCCGCUGGAGCCAGGACCGUCAAGUUGAAGUAUGGUAACAGAGCACACAACAUUCCGGCUUUGGACCUCACAACCGGGAAAUGCCACAUCACCAGUCAAAAUCACGGUUACGCGGUUGAUGCCACAACGCUACCGAAAGGCUGGAAGCCCUACUUCCUCAACCUGAACGACAACUCCAACGAAGGACUUAUUCAUGAGUCUCGUCCCAUCUUCUCGACACAGUUUCAUCCGGAAGCCAAAGGUGGUCCUCUUGACUCGUCUUAUCUGUUUGACAUGUACCUGGAAAACGUUCAAAAGUACAGGGAGAGUCAGGCGGCAUCCCAGCCGUAUAGGGAUAGCAAGCCAAGCCCGCUACUGGUGGAUCUCUUAUCGAAGGAGAGAGUCGGCGUCGAUCUGACCCAGGGCAUCCGCAACAUGAUGGCAUCGAACACGCAGGAACCUGAGCGGGUGUACGCAGCUGGCGCUGCAUGA